UCCCGACUUGCGCAGCAAACAAACCUCCUGUCGCAAAACAGUCAGCUGUCUUUCUUCGGUGCAACUUGCGCGUGCGAUUCUCUACUGUCACAAACCGCCGCCCGUGUUUACACCGUGACAAGAUUAAACCGUUUAACGUUGUUCUGCGUACGAUCGGUGCUGAUUAUCCGCCUCGAAAUAGGAGGCUUAUGCAUCAGGACAUCAAUAGACGCUGAUCGACCUGCCUGACUCUCGCUCAUAUAGUAAAGCCCACCAGGGCUUGGCUAACAAAAACACUAAAAUUCCAACUUCUCUCUGCGUGUAUUUGAUGAGAGGAAAACAACUUUGCAGUACCUUUUGAUGUUCUGAUAAACCAAAUCUCUAAGCACCACAUUUUCCUUCCUCAAUCGGACUUUUGAAGAACAUCCUAAACGUCUUAUGCUGUGACGAAGAUGACGCUAAAAAUCCUGCUGCUCCUGGCGGCUUUGGUUGGGUCAGCCGUUUCUUUCAACGGUGAAUUGGAGGAGCAAGAAUGUCCCGUUGACUGUCAUUGCCAUUAUUUUCGGAUCAACUGGGUGACGGAUUGCUCCGAGAGCAACCUGACCACGAUUCCUUACAACGAGCUCAGCCCGAAUGUUUACAUUUUGGAUAUGAACGGAAAUAACAUUGCUGAGAUUUCCCCAUUUCCCCAAGGGAUUAAAAUGCGGCGUUUGCAAAUGGCGCACAACCGUCUGACUCGUCUAACUCGCGAGUCUUUUGCCGGACUCGCUUAUCUCCUCGAUGCUGACUUCUCGUAUAACAUGAUCACCACCAUUGAUCCAGAUACGUUCGGGGACAGUCCGGGUCUAAUAACGUUGGAGCUGCAGAACAAUCCUCUGUCCCAUAUCGACGGUCACUUUUUGAAGUCACGUUCUCUCCUGUACCUGGACAUAAACUCCUGCGGUAUUCAUCGUCUCAGCACCGAAUUCUUCUACAACACAACAGCACUGAACAAACUCGACCUCUCUAACAAUCCCCUGGAGAGAAUCGAUCCGGAGCCGUUCAACCAUUUGACGAACCUGGAGUACCUGCAGCUAAACAAUUGCAACCUCUCUUUCGUCUCGCCGGAGGCGUUUGUGCACCUCGAGAAUCUCCGUGAACUUGAGAUGAGGAACAAUAAGCUCGGAACGCUUUCCUGGAAGAGCGUCCUGCAUCCCAUGACGCGCCUGGAACACCUCGACAUCCGGAAUUCGAGUAUCGUUACGUUGCCGGGCGACGCUUUCUCGGAGAAUCUGUACCUCCGUCAGCUGAACCUGGCUGAAAAUGAGCUGCGUCAUCUCGACGUGGGCAGCACGCUGGGUCACAAUCUGCAGAAUCUGCAGUCCCUUGACCUCUCCAACUGCAACCUGAAGGACCGCCUGACCGAGGAGGCCUUCAGGAAUGCGAGCAAACUGCGCGUUCUCCACUUGGACGGAAAUCCGCUCUUUGCCUCCGACCUGACGGCCGUUUUGGGUCAUCUUCCGAAGCUGCAGAAACUAUCAUUGAGCAACUGCGGGCUAAAUAAAUUACCCGAGGCCUUCCACGUCCUUCAGGAUCUUCAGGAGCUGAAGAUAUCUCACAACCCGCUUAACAACGCUUUCGUCAGUCUUCUGAAUCCGCUCGAGUCGCUCGAGUAUCUCGACAUGUCCUACAGCAACUUGGGCUACGUCGGUAACGAGACUUUCUCCAAAAUGACUAUGCUCAAGCGACUCAUUCUCUCCGGGAAUAAACUCCACACCCUCGAGCAAGGCCUCUUUACAAACCUCACGCGGCUCGAGAGCCUUGAACUCAACUACUGCGACCUGAAGACGCCGAUAAACCCGAACGUCUUCGGAGAUCAUCCGUACACCAGUAUCGUGGAGCUCAAGCUAAGUGGAAAUCCUCUCGUAGUCCCGGAGAGCGAGCCACUGUUGCCCAGGCAGUUGUCACGGCUGGAAACACUCGAUCUGAGCAACUGUAACAUAACGAAUUUCUCCAUCGACUCGUUCAUCAACUCACGGAAUUUGACGCGUCUCAAUUUGUCUGGGAAUAGGUUGUCCUCCAAGGAGAGUCUUGAGUUUUUGAAGAAGCUUCAUCUUCUCGAGUGGCUCGAUCUCAGCAGCAACAACUUCACUUCGAUUCGCCCGCACGUUUUCAGGCUUAAUCCCCGACUCAGGCACUUAAACCUGAUCGGUAAUCCCUUCAAAUGCGACUGCGACGUUGUUGAAAUGUGGACAUGGGCUGAUCGCGUCAAAAAUGACCUUCACAUACUCGCUGGCAGUCAGCCGGCCGAGUUUUCUGCCGGUUCUGCGAAGUUCAAGAAGACCCUGACGUGCGCCUACGACGAAGAUAUCUUCAGGAGUAUGGUGGACCAGAACCGUGAGGCGACUGCCGAUAGACGGAAUUUCAUGAGGAAAAGCGAUUUCACGCCGCACAGAACUUGGGCGAAAUACGUCAAGGAGUCAAGCUGCGCAAAAUCAUGACUUUUGGAGUCCGGUUUUCGACAUCCGGUCAUACAGGCUCAUCGGAGAAAUCCCAUAGAUCGGGAACUAUGAGCUGAAAACAUUACUCUGGUUGUUAGACGGCUCGAUUUAAGGGGGUAGAUGCGAGUGAGCGGCGAAAAAGUGGAUAAUUUUCGAAAAUGUAUAUUUUGACAACCGAUUAUGCAAUUGAAUUGGGGUUUAUUUUAUUCAAAAGUAUCUAGAUCGAGCUUUAUUGGAUAUCUUUUUUAUUAAAAUUAAUUCACAGGAAGUAUUGUUAUCGAGAAUAACGACAAACAUUUCGCUCGGAGGCAUAUUUCGCCGUGAUCUCGAUAUUUCAAAAACGGUUCCACCGACUUACAUUAAAUUUUGAGACAAUAUUCUUGACAAAUUCAACCUCUUCACCACGAUCCAACAAUUUUUGAUAACAUUACGAACAAAAUAGCAACUUUACAAAGUUAAAAUUCGAUUUUUGUCCAAAAUUACACAGCUUUUUUUAAUUAAUUGAACAAAGUAAGAUUGAACAAACCAGCAUCGUGAAAAACUAUGUACAAGUACUGUCUAAAAAUUUUAAGUAGUCGUUACAGUCAUUUAUGUAAUAUCAUGAGCAGUGCAAAACAUGUCACAUAGCGAACUAAUUGACUUCGUUAUCAAUAACAGUGCUUCCUAUUAAUUGAUACAAAAUUUAAAAAAUUGAAA